AUGAAUCGCACGUCGAUUGGCUUGAGUGUCUUUGCCGCCUGUUCCGCGUUCGCUCUAGUGUUUGCGUACCGCAAGUACGGCCCGGGCCUUAUGGAAAGCUUAUUCGACGACAUAUAUUACAGCUGCAAGGACGAGGAGGAGGAGGAGGAGGACGAUGGCAGUUCGCUCGAGCAAGAUUUCGAGGACAUAUUGAAAAUCCUGCCGCUGGAGAAGAUACGCUUGGUCGUGGAGGACUUUGCGCAACACGACAAGCAGAUCGCCGACACGAUAGCCUUCGUCAACGAGCAGCAGAGGUUCAUCCUCAAGGAGCUGAGCGCCAUUCCCCAAGUGCAAUUUUACACCUUCGUCGCGAAGGAGCUGAACCUGGACGUCGAUCGCUGGCUCGAUGAUUUCGGGGCGUUUUGGAAGUCCAUGCCGAAAACGAGGGGGGACAAAUCGGCCCGCGAACGCGGUGGCCUCACCAACAUGAUCCGGCAAGUGAUGCGGCUGAUACCGAGGGACGAGCUGCACGAGCUUUUGUGCAAAAAGUCGAGGCAGUCCAAGAGCUUUCGCUCGCUGCUCGUGGCCCUGAAAAUACGGCAAAUGUACGAGCUCGUCGAGGCCAUUCAGAAGAGCGCUGGCCUCCAGAGGCACUACCACUGGGCGAUCGAAGCCGGCCUCGAGGUCAUCUUCGCCGUCGAGCUGCUCGGCGAGCUCUACGUGUAUCUCACGCAAAAGGUCUCUUGA